AUGUUUCGGUGUUUUUUUCACAAUCUCAUAAAACUGUCUUUCAUAAUCUCUGCUUUUGUUUUUCUUCUUCCUUAGGGAAAAACCCCCUCUCAAAGAACCCGAGAUUCAAAGGAAUAUAUUCUUAAUUUGAGAGAAACAACAACUUCUGAAUCAAAUAUUUCCAUCAAUGGGCACUUCACAAGCAGAAAGUAGAGAAAUUCAAGGGAACCCAGAGAUUAAUUGUGAAAAUGAUAUGAAAAAACCAAAGCUUACAGACGAUCACCAAAGCUCUUUAAUGGGUUUGAUAGACACGGAAAUUCAAAUCAAUAUUACACGAGAGACACAUGAAAAGCCAGUUAUAACUUCUGAAGAUUCUAUAAUCAAUUCCGAUAACCCGGCUAUAGAUUCAGAAGAUUUUGUUGCAGAAAACGGAGAAACAAAAGAAAACUCAGAAACAGAAUCAACAGAAGAAUUAAAGAAACCAGAGUUGAAUGAGGAAUAUAAUUGUUCACCAAGAGGAGUAUUAGAAAUCCCAACAUCAGAUACAGAUAACAGUACAAGUAGUAACUCUGGUUCUAAUAAACAUUUAAUACCACCAGAAUUAUCAAAUGGAUUGCAGUGGAAAAGCUUCAUACGAAAUAUCAAAAAGAAAUCAGCUAGAAGGUUUUCAACACUUCCAUUGUUAAUUACAAGUUCAGAAUUAACAAGAAGACAUUUAAACCGCAAGUUAUCGCGAAUUCGAUGUGAUGAAGAUGACAUUCAAUUGGUUUUGCCUGAUGUCAUGAAGCCUUCGUGGAAGAACUUCAGUCAAGCUGAGCUUUCUUUAGCUACAGAUAAUUUCACUCCCGAAAAUUUGCUAGGAAAAGGAGGGCACGCAGAAGUUUAUAAAGGGUGUUUACAGGAUGGAACAUUAGUAGCAGUGAAGAGAUUGAUGAAAAAAGAGAAAGAAGGAAAAGAAGAAGAAGUUAGAACAGGGGAUUUCUUAACAGAACUUGGUAUCAUUGCUCAUGUUAAUCAUCCUAAUGCUGCUCGUUUAAUUGGUUUUGGUGUUGAAGGUGGUCUUCACCUUGUUCUUCAAUAUUCCCCUCAUGGCAGCCUCACUUCAUUGCUCCACGGUUCAGAGAAAACACUUGACUGGAAAAUAAGAUAUAAGGUAGCAGUUGGGGUAGCAGAAGGGCUCAACUAUCUUCACCAGGGUUGUCACAGACGCAUUAUUCACAGAGAUAUUAAAGCCUCCAACAUUUUACUUACUCAAGAUUAUGAACCUCAGAUAUCUGAUUUCGGACUCGCAAAAUGGCUACCAGAGCAAUGGACUCACCACAUUGUGUACCCCAUUGAGGGAACCUUCGGGUAUUUAGCACCCGAGUAUUUCAUGCACGGAAUAGUUGAUGAGAAGACGGAUGUCUUUGCGUUUGGUGUGUUACUACUGGAACUCAUCACAGGUCGCCGCGCCGUUGAUUCGAGUCGCCAGAGCCUUGUGAUCUGGGCAAAGCCACUCUUGGAAAGUAAGAACAUUAAAGAAUUGGUGGAUCCUCGCUUAGGAGAGGAUUACAUGCUUGGAGAGAUGAAACAAGUGAUGCUGGCUGCAUCAUCAUGUAUUCACCAUUUAUCGGCUAUGCGGCCCGUCAUGAGUAGAGUUGUAGAAAUUCUAAAGGGUGAAGAGAAAGGAACGGGAGAAAUGAUCGCAGCACUGCUAGAACAUCAAAAGUCAUUUGGAGGAAGAGGAGUAAUUUUUGAUGCUUCUGAUUCUGAUGAUUACACAUGUUCUACGUAUCUCAACGAUCUUGAUCGUCAUAAACAACUGGUAUUAUUAGAAUAAAGACUUGAUUCGAAUAGUUGUGUGGGUUUUGUUAUAGCAAGAAAAGAAAAGAAAAUCAAGUCAAAGGAAAACAAAGAAGUAAGGGAGGGAGAUUAAACUGUAAAUGCCAGGUUUUGCUUAAAAUGUAUUUUACGAGCAGUUCCAAAAGAGCAGUCGUUUGGGAUAUAUUUUUAACUAAAUUAUUAUAUAGUGUGUAUAAUAGUAAAUCGUAAAUGUUAAGCUUCACUUUCUCGGAA